AUGUCAGAAAUAUUAGAAAACCAAGAGGCUAUCCUUCGAACUUGUUCUUACCACCGAAGAAUAUACUAUUUCCCACUGCUUCAAACGAAUCCCAGAAAAGCUCCCGAUACAUUAUUCAAGUGUUCACUAACCACAUCAUCGUCUUUAGCCCCACAAACAACAAACGACACAGCGUCAAUAUACAAGCUGCCACCGGAGGUAAUUUCCGAUAUCGUAUUGCUACUAGACGUCAAGUCUUUCCACAAUUUCCGGGAUACCAGCCACCAACUACGUUGCAUUGCCAAUGGGAUCCCCCAAUACCGACAUGUUGCACAGCACGGCUUCGAGGGCAUCAAGGCGCUUGCUCGAACAGGUUUGAGUCCUCAUGUGACAUACGAUAACCUCUACCGUGUUCUCAAUACAGAGAAAUGCACCAUGUGUGGGGAGUUUGGAAGUCUCCUUUUCCUCCCGACCUGCACACGCUGUUGCUACAACUGCCUUCGUGAAGAAUCAGAGUUGGCUGUGGUAGAAAACCACCAUGUUUAUCACCUCGGAAUACUCUUGGACCAUAUCAUGGAUGGAGAUAUACCCAGCCGAACAGACUGCCGUAUUCUAACAAUGCAGAACUGGGCCAAUCCCAUGAUGAUGCGGAAAGACACUGCGGGUAUACUGGCAACAGAUAUACCUAGAAGGAUCCGGUUACUUGCCCAUAUCGAAGGCAAUCGUAGAGUCGAUCUUCACAAAGGCUGGCUGCACUAUCGCUCGGCAGCAUGCAUCGCAUACCCUACGCCAAACUGGUGGAAAAUGAAGGUUGAGCGUGGAGUAAGCUGCAAGGGAUGUGAGAAAGCAUUCGUCAGUGGGCGGUUCGGGGCUAUGAGUCAGGGCUUUGCACUGUCUGAUAUUCCCCGGAACUGUGUAGAGCGCGAUAUGUCUUUCUCUGUGGCCGGUUUCCAGAGGCAUUUUGAGUCGUGCGAGCAUGCACGAAGAUAUUGGAGGCUAGCGAGCAUGGAUCAAAAGACACCAAUGACUCGAAAACAAUAA